CCGAGGCCGUGCCCGCGCACCGCCCGGGCACGCAGCACAGGCCUCCCCCCUCACCCGCCUACGGGAGCUUUGGCAAAACAAAUCUCGCGAACGAAGUGAAAAUCAAAGACAAUCCCAAAGAUUGUAAAGAUAGUGGCGAUAGUGGCAUGUCAUCCGAAGAAUACGACGACUCCCUGAAAUACGACGCGAGUGUUACUACUAAUAAUAAUAUUAAUAAUGUAAGUAUAAGUGCAACUUUAGACAGACCCGAAGUAAUAACUAAGUGCCUAACCAGUGAACCUCAUCGUGCUCAGCACAGGAAUGAGAUUCCAUGUUGUUCGAAUGCUAGUACUGUAAGUGUUAUAGUAGACGAGACCUCCAGGCUGCUGGACACUUGUGAUGGAAAGGUUAAUGAAGGAAUCUCUGAAUUUAUUGUGAUAGAUCUGACAUGUGAUGUCAAAAAUUUUGAUUCGGGCGAUGACAUCGAUGUCGGUACAAAUUGUGCUGUAGAAUGUGAUAAUUUAAGUAUAGAUAAUUUAGAAUCGAGCCAAAGUUUAGUUCCUGUGAAUCAUGAGCUCGUGAGAUCGGACAGUCAGAAGCUGGUGAGUCUCUCGCUGUCGAUCCUCCUCGCCGCUUUGCUGCAAGCAAUGCGCUGUUUCGCCCAGUUCUUAGAAGAUAUCGUAGUUCCACAACGAUAAUAAUUAUUGUUCCUUUAGGCCGGCUGCACUUUUGAAGCGUUUUCGGAAUUGAAUUCGGUUCGCGCAUACGAUAAGCUGCAAAAGUCCAAUCAGUUUCUUGCAAAGUAAUAAAUUAACUGGUUGCACUUAAGACCUCCUGGUUACAUGUCGUUUCUGUAAUAGACCAAAAACACCUACAAAAACUUAAAAUUUAUAAUUGUGACAACUAAUGGUUCAUAAUUUCACCACUGUUUACAAAUAUUUUGCUUGGCUCAGUGACUGAGCUUAUGCUCUUUAAUUGUACGUAUGAACGCUGGUCUAUGUCGACUCAAUGGACAACUCACACCCAGUCUGCGCAAUUCCAUAGUAAGUACCACCUUGGUAUUUGGAAGGUUCGAAGAGUGGAAUUGUACGUUCGUGUUCGUACGAAAACGCAUCCAAAUUUCGCCCGGCCUUGUGAUUACUAUUGAUUACUUAUAAUAAUUAAGUAUACUCCUGUAUUUUUGGUGCAUUAUUCACCGGUUGUAUUAUCUAGUAACGAAUGUCAAUAAUAUAUUUAAUUACGACAUUUUAA